AUGAAAGCAGGAAAAGUGAACCACGAAGAAGACGAGUACGAUGAGGAAGACUUCAAUUCUUCAAAAAAACAAGGCACUUCCUCUGCCCCUAACACCAACAAAGCAGAUGGAAAAGCUACUGAUAAGGCUAGUGUAAUAAGAUCGAAACAUUCUGUAACCGAGCAGCGAAGAAGAAGCAAGAUAAAUGAGAGAUUCCAAAUAUUGAGGGAUCUCAUACCUCAUUGUAAUCAAAAGAGGGACACAGCGUCGUUCUUAUUAGAGGUGAUUGAGUAUGUUCAGUACUUACAGGAGAAGGUUCAAAAAUAUGAAGGCUCAUAUCAAGGUUGGAGUCAAGAGCCAUCGAAGUUGAUGCCAUGGAGAAAUAGCCAUUGGCGUGUCCAAAACUUUGUUGGUCAACCUCCCGUUGUAAAGAACGGUUCAGGUCCGGCAUUACCAUUUCCCGGAAAGUUUGACGAAAGCAACAUUAGUAUCUCUCCAACUAUGCUUAGUGGUACUCAGAAUAUGAUGGAUCAUGAUCUGAGUCGGGAUAUUGUCAGAAAAACAAUGGAGAGGCAACCCGAUUUAGCAAGCAAGGGAAUUCCUCUGCCCGUACUACCUAUGCAUGCAAACAUGUCUGUUCCUGUCAGAAGUGAUGGUGUAUUUUCCCAUCCUCUUCAGGGAACUGUUUCUGAUACACAAUCAUCUGAGUGUCCCACAACUAGUGAACAACUGAACCAGCAGGAUGAACUUACAAUUGAAGGAGGGACAGUCAGCAUCUCGAGUGUAUACUCCCAAGAGUUGCUGAACAAUCUAACUCAAGCGCUACAGAGUGCUGGGUUAGAUCUCUCAAAGGCUAACAUUUCAGUGCAAAUUGAUCUUGGGAAGCGUGCAAACAAAGAGCCAAGCGGCACAACCUCUUCUCCGAAGGAUCAUGAUAACUCUCUUUCUGGCAAUCAAAACAUUGCACAUUUUAGAGAUGUUGACAUUAGAGAAGACUCAAGUCAAGCUCAGAAAAGAAUGAAAGCAUACAAGUGA